ACGUUUAAGGGAGCCCGAAAAGCCUUUAUAAGGUGCAAACAUUUUGGGGAAGAGUCACAGAACGCCUUUGGGUGUCGCAAAGGAGCACAAGUGCGGAUUAACUGAGCAACAUGAAGACUAUUUUGGUUUUAGCCAUCCUGGCGCUGGCACAAGCCACCGAGGUAUCCCAGACUGCAGAAACCGCAACUUCUGCCACCGCAAGUGCAGCCACAACGGGGAAGCCUCAGCAAACGGAGCUACCCAUUCACAUCCAGAACCUGAUAACCAGCCACAUCAAUCAUGUGCUGCAGCACAUAAAGAACAAACCUCAGGACUCGAACACAUUGAGUGGACCGGUGGAUUGGCAUGGGAGUGGGAGUGGAAGUGGAAGUGGGAGCGGCGCGCCAGUGGUCAAACCCCAUCCAGAUCUCCUUCCACCAGUGGCACACUCUGGUGAUGUCCUUGCCCCUGCCCUUGCCGACGUCCCAGCGGCUGCACCUGCGUUGCAACCUGGCCUACAGUCGCUGCAAGCUGGCAAUCCACCGGUGAAGGUUACCCAACACCAGGCCACCGGCACCCUGAUCCACCACGGAAGGCCAGUGGUGCACAAUAAGGUGGUGAUGCCGCACGUGGAGCAGGUGGUGCACUCGCUUCCCGGUCAAGAGCCCAUCAACGUGGCCGAAAAGCUGCAGAAGCUGCAACAGCAUGUGACCAAGGUGAUGCAACAGGCCGAGAUGCACAUUCCUUUGGCCGUCAACCAGGCCAUCAAACAAAAGAAAGAACUGGAAGCUCAGAGAGAAAAGGAGCAGCUCCAGAAGGAUAAAGAACUCAACAAGGGUGAUGACAAAAACAAGGAAGUUAAAGAGGAUCAGGAGGAUCCUGAACCCCAGACAAAUGCAGCCAAAGCUGGUCGAUCCCUGGUUAUUCCCGAUAAAGUUUCUAGUAUAGUGAACCAAGUUCACGCCCACAUUCCGCAACUGAUUGCCCAGCACAGCGAGGAAAUGAAGCUGGGAAAAUGCAAUUUCCAGUGUCCCAAAGCAUCACUCUCCAUUUGUGCCAGCAACGGCAAGUGUGUGGUCAAUUUCCCAGGCCAAUGUGAGCUGAGUCAGUGGAACUGCUUCAACACCAAAAAUGUUUUUCACCAAGUCCACGAUGCCGAGUGCCAAAACACCAUUACUUGCUACAAAAGGGAUAUGAUGUGAGCUUUUCCUCUGGGCGGUGACUCAAUUACUCAAACGAAUUUAAACAAUAUUCCAUCGAAAAUAUGUCUAACUACUCGUAUUAAUAUGAUUUAAAAUUUAUAGUAGCUGAAAAAU